AUGAGUGAUACAGCUAUUAAGGAACAAGUACAACGUCCAAAGGAGGAUGUCAAUCCCAACUCAAGCAAGAUAACUGUACAUAAUGUAUCUGGAUCAACUGCUGGCAGUGGAAGUGGUGACUUCCACAUCUACAGGAAUCAGCGAAGGAAGGAGUUGGACAGACUAGAGCGUAUUGAAAAGGAGGGUACAAAGGAAGAGAUAAAUAGAGAGUUCAUGGAGAGGAGAGAAGCAACAAGAUUGGAAGAGGCUGAGAGAACAUUGAAGAAGGCAGAGAAGAGGAAGAAGAAGAAACAGAAUAAGAGACAUAAUGAGAUAAGGAAGAAGGUUGAACAACAGUUACAAAAGAUAAAGGGUGGCGAUGCGCCGCAACAUGAUGAUGAGAACGAUGGUGAAGAUGAUGAUGCCAAAGAGAAGGAACAAUCAUAG